CACAAGAAAACAUUCGUAAAACGUAAUAAACGACGUCUGGUUUGAAUUCGAAAACUUUCUUUGUUGUUGGAUCUUUUCAAUGAAUCAUUUGAACUGUUUAACUAAAACGUCUCGACAUACAGUAGCAAUCGUAUUUUUAACGUGGACGUAAAAGAAUCACUGAACCGGUUUUACGAAACGAAUUGUUCAAAAGAGUCGAACUCCAAAUUGCAACAUUCAUCGACCACGUGACUAGUUUUACGCCAAUGAAACCAUACCAGGAAGACUUGCAGACAGCGCGUGCAACAAAAUUAAGUCGGCGACAAAUUAAUAUAGAUAUUAUUAAAUUAUCCAAUUUGUCAGACGUAUUCGUUGUAACUCUGACUAGUUGUUAUUGACAAAUUGUGUUUGUUAGCACUUAUUUAUAAUUUGCCCUCCAGCAGCCCCGCGUUUGACGUUUGUAUCUUGAACUAAUUUCAAGAUGCAAGAAUUAUUGUUAUUACUAUUAGCUUAAAAAAGUGACAAUUUGAAGCAACUAAAAACUGUUGUAUCUAUGUAACCAACGUUUGAAAAUGAAGAAUGUGGAAGAAACAUGUUGUGUUGUCACAGUGUCCGAGAAGCCACUCAACCUCACAUCUGGAUCUCAGAAUAAAGAACUAAGCUGUAGUGGAGUGUUUCUGAAUUACCAGGCUGGGAUUGUAGUCUGUAGUGGCAUUUUGUUCUCACGCUUUAUCAAUGACAGACAGUGCAUGGAGAAAAACGCGAAAAUUUUACAUUCCGAGAGUUUCACUAAAGAGAUACAAGUUAGUUUAGAUUACAUUCACCUUUGUGCCAACCAAUCGUGUGCAACGGACAGACGCAAUACGAGCCGUCAAGAGGCUCAACUGUUAAUGAUGAUCAAUUGUGUGGAGUUUCAAGAUGCAUUUCAGAAGAUCUUCAAAGGGGCUGAUAACUGGGGCUUUUGUAGUGGCACAUUGGAUACAGAAGUUCUAGAAGACUCCAGGUUUUUAAGUUGGUUUGCACUUUUAAAAGUGCCGACUUCAUCCUCAUGCACCUGUAAGGAAACUAUUCCAUGGGUGGAGAGUGGCAGUCUUAAAAAGGGAUGUCAUGUCAUCGCAUGUGGGUCUCCUUUUGGUGCUCUCUGUCCAGACCUCUUCAUGAACACAAUUAGUAAAGGUAUAAUUAGUAAUCUGGCAGGUCAUGAGAAUGCCCUGGUCCUGACUGAUGCCCGCUGCUUGCCUGGCACCGAAGGAGGUGGUGUUUUUAUUAGUAAAGGAAACAGAUCUUACCUUGUGGGUUUGAUCGUUUCACCACUUUGCUGGAAAUCAGAUGAAUGGAUUGGGCUGACACUUGUGUGCUCGGUUCACCUGAUUCUGAAAAACAUGCUAAAGGCUGGUGCCAUCCAGGAGUCACUGAUAGAAAAGUCAUCUCAGUUAAUUACUGGCUCUUUUCAAGAUCCAUUAACUACAAACCGAAAACCAGGCUCUGAAUUUUUCACUGGAGUUCUGCUGAUUGAGAGCGGCCAUCUGUGGGGUUCUGGUGUGCUGCUAAACCAGAAUCUGGUUCUGACCUGCAGGCAUGUAGUGAAUGAAAAAUCUGAGCUCACAGUCAGAGUCAACUUUGGAGAAAGAUUUCAUGCAGUAAGUGGUAAGGUGCUGUAUUCAUCAGCACCAUCAUCUCCCUAUGAUAUCGCUGUAAUGGAGCUUCAGGAACCUCUUGCCGCCUCCGUAAAAACACAGUUUACCACAUACCUUCACCCAGGUGAGGAUGUGCUUGUUGUGGGUUAUGGAGCUUUAGGGAGCAGCUGUGGCCCUUCAUUGACCUCAGGGAUCUUAUCCCGAGUUAUUACCCAUCAGUCACGUCCUGUGAUGCUGCAGACUACUUGUGCUGUGCAGUCUGGAGCCAGUGGUGGUGCUGUGCUUCGUUCUGCCACUGGAGAAUUGUUAGGUAUCGUGUCCAGUAACACAAGAGACUUUGCAGCAAAAGUGACAUAUCCCCACCUGAACUUCAGCAUCCCAGUGACUGUUCUGGAGCCUCUGCUGAGAUGUUUUGCUCAAACGGGAGAUGCUGCUGUGUUUAAGGUCUUAGACAGUGCAGAGGACGAUGUCAGGAAGAUAUGGAGACUACAAAGCCUUCAAAGCAAGCUUUAAUCAAUCUCCAACAUUUCAGUGAAACUUUAAAAUUCUUUGAACUUGACUAUUUAAGAAUACACAAAAAAUCCUGCUUAUUUUCCUGCAUCCCUUAAACUGAUUUUAAUUUUUAUCAGAUACAAGCAAGUGAAUCUAAGGACUGGUCAAUACAAAAUGUUAUUUUCAGCACUAUGUCAUAUAACCCUACAUUUGUAACGAUUUUGGAUUAAAAAAUACAUUUAUCAUACAUUUUUAAACAUUAUAACUAAAUAAAACAAACUGAGUAAAAAAAGUUUUCAGCCCUGGUUUCUAAUUCCAAUUUUAGAAUGUUUGCUGCACUGUAUCACUAAUAUAUGAAUGUGUGCCAACACUAAAACAAUGCAGUGUUACAGCAGAGCUUCAUCAUGCGCUUUUUCGUAAAAUAGUUAGAAACCAGGGAUGAAAACCAGAAAUGGUUAGAAACCAAGGAUUCUAGAUUGAUACCAAGCAAGCUACACUGGAUUGCUAAAAUAUGAAAUGUAUGUCAAUAAUGAAUCAAUGCAGUAUAAUCAAUAGAGUAUAAUAGCAGAUAAUUAUAAUUUCAUCAUGCACAUUUUUUCUUCUUAAUGUUAAAUGAGGUUUAAUUUUCUUAAUGACAAUAAGUGAAUAUUUGAAAGAUGUGUUUACAGCAUGCCUUCUAUUAAAAUUAAAAUGUCUUUUUGAACUCUCUGGUGACUCUUGUAUGCCUUGAUUAUCAACUUCUGUUGGUUAUUUUUGGUAGUUAUUAUGAAUUGCACAUCUCAAAAAAAAAAGUGGGUUAAAAAGAUGUGUUUUCUCAUGUCUCCAGUAUCACAUGAAAAUUAGCAUGUCGCAGAGUCUUGGGAGUAAUUAGGAGAACAAAGGAACAGCACUUUCGGGCCCAGUGCCUUUAAUCAUAUUCAGGCAAGAAAGAUGACACACUCGGACAAAGAAACAUGCAACUAAAUGCAAAUAUACUGCAACUCAGCGUAAAUAUAAUGUUUUCUAAUCAGUAAAUCCAAGUAUUUACAAUAAUAAUGGCAUGUACAGUACAAUACAAUCGUACACUUGUCCAAGUGGUAUAACGUCACUGUUAGCAGACUCCCGAACACUGCUGAGUAAGAUAUCAGGACAUUCACUAUUGACUUUAAAUGAGCAGGCCAUCUUUCCACUCCAUCACACCAGCAAGGUGGUGUCGUCUAUGAUGAUAAUCCACAACUAAUUUAAAUAUCAACAAGAUUCGUCUCAAUGACAUUUGGAGGAUUUAUAUUCUUCUGUAGAUGCCAUGGUACAUUGAUGAAUGUGUUUACGCUGGGGAUGUUACCAUAUCAAAUGCAUUUUCUCUUCCCUGUGUGGAGCUUAGAUAGAAAUCACGUCUGAGUGAAUUAUCAUACCAUGCUGAGGCUGUAAUUCAUACAUGUUUUACAGCAUUUUAACUCUAAAAAUGGAUGCUUAAGAUAUUUUUUACUGCGGGACUCAUGUACUUCACCUUUAGUCGUAGAUUUUAAGAUUCAGAUCUUGAAUAUAAAUCCUUGCAGCACCAGAUUUACACCUAGGAACAUUACAGCCAACACAUCUUUCACUGCAAAUGAUGGGAAGAUCUGAUUAGAAGACAUCUGCAAAGACAGAUUGGUCCCUUUGGGUAUAUGAGAGAGAAUAUGUCAGAAUGCAUUUUCGAAAGCUCAUUCCUGCCUCUCGUGUUCAUCCAUACACUGCCUCGUUAUAAUAGCUGUGUUGCAUCAGAAGUACCGUAUUACAGCCUGACCUAGUGGAGUAUAAGCAAAUUCUAUUAUGACAGACAUAUGAAACCAGAGCGCACAUAUCUCAGGAUUUAUGACUGUCCAUUUAAAAGAAAACAAUGAUUUGGACGUCGGGGUGAGGGAGAAAGCUACUGCAUUGAGGCGUAAUUUAUAUGAAAAUAUAAUGCUUUGCCAUCUCUGGUUUCAGUGGAUUAUUACACAAAAGACAGGAAUAAAAUAGUGCCUUUAGGACAAGGAUCGUCUUGUAGAAGUGCAUUGUGUAUUUCUGGCAAGUAGCCUAAAAUCUCUUGUAGUUUGUGUGCGUGGAGAAAUAGUUCUUCAAAUACACUGACAAGGCUACUUUAUCUCAAGACAUUUACGACUAUAUCUACUUCAAGGAAGCAAAGAAAUGAUGCAGAGACUGUUUCAGCCAGAGUAGGCUAACAGUCUUAGCUUUUUGAGCUAAGCUAAGCUAACUAAGCUC